UUCAGAGACAGACUUUGGCCCCGGGGUCCCAACAGACUUUGGCCCCGCCGCCCCCACCUGCCGCGCAGCUGGGAACCGGCGCGUCACUCCCAGCGGAAACGCCGCACCGCCCGGGCGUCUGGCGAGGUGCGCGCCUCCCGGCCCCCGCUCCGACGCUUCGCGGCUCCCGGCCCGCCGCCCCCCUCUCUCAGCUGAGCAGGGGCGUGGACAGGGCAGCACCUACCGGGAUCCGUGACUCCAACCGCCGAAGAGACCCCGAAGACAAGCCAGCCCGGACGGCAGCCCGGCGGAGACUGGCGCGGAGGGUCCGAGGCUACCCGUGGGUGGGAGGCGCCGACGCCGACUUGACAGCGCGUCCCAGCACCACGGACUUGCUCGCUCUCGCUCUCAGGACAAACUGAGGAAACAAGCUUGGUUCCCGGAGCCGGCGGGGACUGUGGAGACGCUACCAGAAUCCUCAACAGCUUGGAAAUCCGAUCACCUUGGCUCCCCGAGACUUGGAGGUACUCAGAACAGAACCCUAUUCUGUGGGAAGCUGGUAUCCAAGAAGCAAGGAAACAGAAGAGAAACCUGAAGGAAAGGACACAGGAAGAUCUAAUUAAGUCCUGUAGGAACUGACAGCUGGCUGACAAAAAAACUCAUCCAGGGAGAGAAAAGGCAUAAAUGAAGUAUGAAAUUUUGAAUAACGUUUUCAGCUCUUUUCAGAUGCUUUGCAUUCACAAUAGACGUCUGGUGGGAUCCAAGCUGUCAACCAAUCCUAUAUUCCUAAGGUCUCAAAUUGCAGGUAUUGAUUCUGACUUUUGAAGAUGGAUGAAGGUGUAGAAAUUUCAAGUGAUGGAAAUUCCCUCAUCAAAGCAGUCCAUCAGAGCCGGCUUCGCCUCACAAGACUCUUGCUAGAAGGUGGUGCCUACAUUAACGAGAGCAAUGACCGUGGGGAAACACCUUUAAUGAUCGCUUGUAAAACCAAACAUGUUGAUCACCAGAGUGUCAGUAAAGCCAAAAUGGUUAAAUACCUAUUAGAAAACAAUGCUGACCCCAACAUACAGGACAAAUCUGGGAAAACUGCUUUGAUGCACGCUUGCUUAGAAAAAGCUGGUCCUGAAGUUGUUUCCCUGCUCCUAAACAAUGGGGCUGAUCUCAGUCUGCAAGACCAUUCUAGUUAUUCAGCCCUUGUUUAUGCUAUAAAUUCAGAGGAUAGAGAAACCCUGAAAGUUCUACUUAGCGCUUGCAAGGCAAAAGGGAAAGAGGUCAUUAUCAUAACGACAGCGAAAUCCCCCUCUGGUAGGCACACUACCAAGCAGUACUUAAAUAUGCCUCCUGUAGAUAUAGAUGGGGGUCAUUCCCCAGCCUCCUGUGCCACUCCUUCAGAAAUAGACAUAAAAACAGCCUCAUUGCCACUUACACAUUCUUCUGAAACUGAAAUGACCUUUUUUGGCCUUAAAGGUCUGGAACUCUCAGGAAGUAGUGAUGAUACACAGGACCCAGGCUCCCCUGUGAGGAAGCCUGCUGUGGCCUCUAAUGGGCCCAAGCUACCCCAACCUCCAACCUGGAUCAAGAGUCCUCCCUUACUAAUGCACCAAAACAGGGUGGCCUCCUUGCAAGAGGAGCUCCAGGAUAUUACUCCAGAGGAAGAAUUAUCCUACAAAACCAAUGGGGUGGCACUUUCCAAGCGCUUCAUCACUAGGCACCAAAGUAUUGAUGUAAAAGACACGGCACAUUUAUUAAGAGCCUUUGAUCAGGCCAGCUCAAGAAAGAUGUCAUACGAUGAAAUAAAUCAUCAGGCAUUUUUUUCAGAAGGAAGCCAGCAAUGCACUGAAAUCCCUGCUGACCCAGAUCCUGACUCUAACCAGACAAUCUUUGCUUCCACCUUAAGAAGUAUAGUUCAAAAAAGAAACUCAGGGGCAAAUCACUACAGCUCUGAUUCCCAGCUCUCUGCUGGUCUUACCCCUACAACUUUAGAAGAUGGCAAAGCACUUAUAGGAAAGAAAAAGGUCUUCUCGCCAUCUCCUUCCUUGCUGUCAGGGCCUAGAGAAUUGCUGGAGAAUAUCUCACCAGGUCCCUUGAGCAGGAGAAAUCAUGCACUUUUAGAAAGGCGUGGGUCAGGAGCUUUCUCUUUAGAUCACAAUAUUACUCAAGCCAGACCAGGAUUUCUGCCACCCUUAAAUGUGAAUCCUCACCCUCCCAUUUCAGAUAUCAACACCAAUAAUAAGAUUUCCAGCCUCCUUUCUUGUGGUCAAAAAGUGCUUAUGCCAACAGUUCCUAUGUUCCCUAAGGAAUUCAAAAGCAAAAAAAUGUUGUUAAGGAGACAAUCAUUGCAAACAGAACAAAUUAAGCAAUUAGUAAAUUUUUAAGAGAUGCCUAGAAAGCACAUUUUGUUCAGUUGUCUACAUCAGAGAAAUAUAGAACCAGAGAAGAAAUCUCAAAUGUUCAUCCUUUUAAAUCUUGUAAUUGGUUAGUCCGUCAUUGUUAGGGGCAUCAAAAUAUACUGCAUAUCGUCCUAGGCACUGUGGACAUACAAAUAAUAUAUAGUUUCUACUAAGGAAAUUUAAACAAAAUUAAAGCUAUAUUUCUCAAAAUUUCUAAUAUAUAACAACCUUCAUGUGGCCCAAGUUUUUAAUUUAAACAAAAAUCAGUAAAAAAAAAGAAGGUCAAAUAUGUUGGAGAUGACUUUGAAAUUUUUUUCAGAUUUUUCAAGUAUUUUAUUAGGACACACUGCAUUCAAGUCAAUAAACGUUUUUAACAUUACAAGUCAAUAAAUGAUUGUAAUUUUCCAAGAUGCCAAAAGCAUUAAAAAAAAAAAAACAUGAAAGUGUUCUAUGAUCAAUAAGCCUGUACGGUAUAAGGAAAGAAUGAACUAAUUCUUAAAAAUGUUGAUUGCAAGUGUAUGAAAUCUAAUUAAAAUUUUAAAAGGCUAACCAUUAUAGUAUACUGGGCAGCUAAUAUUCAUGGAGUCAGCUUUAUCAAUGUCAAAUAACAGAUCGGAGUUUUAUAAGCUAGUAAUAAUCUAUGCUAAGUGUUAGUGUGUUGUUUUUUGCUUGGUUUUAUUUUGUCUUUAAUGUUAUCCCAUAAAUUCUUUCUUCAUAUCCUUUAAUUCCUGCUAUUAUUUCUCAAGUCUAUCUAUAGGUUCCCAAAAACAAGAAAAAGCAGAAGUUUAACAGCAUUCCUCUUUACUUAUAUCAGAUUAUUCUUGUCUUUCUACAGACAACAACAACAAAAAAAUGGGGUUUUAUCACAAAUAGAAACUAUGUGCUUGCUUCAUUUUAGAAAAGAAAAACUGAUUAUUAGAUUCUCUUAGGUUAGGUAAAAUUA